AUGGACGGGAUCAAGGACAAGUAUCGGCGCGAGUGGGAGACUCUCGAGAAGGAGGAGGCGGCGCUCGCUCAAGAGAAGAAAAAGCUCAGCGAUGAGUGGGUCUCGAUCGAGAAACAGCAGCAACUCUACGAGAAGGACCGCACUGCGUUCGAGAAGCAAGUGGCCUCAAAGCUUGAUUUUUUGGCACCCGACACAAUUGUGCACUUCAACGUCGGGGGCAAACUCUUCAAGUCCACGGUUAGCGUCUGGGCACGCGAUCGAUUCUCGAUCCUCGCACAGCUGUGUACGACCCAGCCCAAACUGUGCGCCGAUGGUCGCGGUCACUACUUUUUUGAUCGCGACUGGCUCGUCUUCAAAUUUAUCUACGCCUUCCUGCGAGACAAGACUCUACCCGAGAGCAUGGACACGCUCCGCGACCUGUACUACGAAGCCUCGUUCUAUCGCAUCACACUUCUUCGCCACGCGAUUGAGGCGUACUUGAAAAGCUGCUCCAGCAUAGCGCAAGUGCACGCGGGGUACGCGACUGACCCGUCGCUCGCUAUUGUCCGAGAAAACGAGUGGAGUACCCAUGGACGACACGACGGCACACAGAGCGACCGAUGGCACCACUGGAUUUUUUGCGCGACCAGCACCGACGUCAUCCCGAGGACAACCGACGAGGUCACGACGGUGACAAUCGACGCGACCAUGCUCGCUACGCCUCAGCUCACCCCAAUGACGCCCAUUCUCGCCGUCACGAUGUAG